AUGUUCUGGACACGGGAUUGGACUCGUGGCGCGCUGCUUGCAGGUCUAAAGUUUGAAGGCCUGCGCCAUUUCUGCAGAAAUCAGCGGCACGGCCGUCCCACUGCAUGGAGGCUGUAUAGCACAAGCAUCCAGUGUGACAGCCGCACUAGCAUUGAUGAACUUGCAGCCUCGAUCAGAAAGCGCAUGUCAGACAACACGUCGUGUGUUGUGGAUUGUUCUAGUACCGACACGGUCUACUGGUCCUUGCUGGCCUUGCGCCGAGCGGCAGAGCAGGUACAAGCUGAGCAACGCCGGGUCAAGAUGCCGCAUUGUUUGUACAUGGUGCCAGAGGAAAUCAAGUCGACAGAUGACUCGAGUAAAGAGCUGGCGAGCUCCGAGCGGGAGUCGUUCCAUCCGAGGCUUCGAAUUCUUUCUGCUUUUGAGUGGAAUUUGUCCGGUGCCGGAGACCGCUUUCUCGUUUCCCGCUGGACCAACACAGCCUUGGCUGCCGGGCUUGUGGUUGGGAGGCUACCUGAUCAAGGCACGGCCCUCCGGGCGGCUGGCCGAAAAGCCGCAGCCAAGGCCUUCAAGAUUGUUGCCUCAGCAAACACGUUCUUGAAGAGGCGGAGGCGACUGGAAGAAGGCAUGACCUUUGCAGUUUCGGUCGGCCUUGAGGCGCGAAACGAGGGCCACAUGGGUGAGCUUGUGGUUCUGACUUGCGGACUUCUGCACGCAAAGAGCGGCCUCCCCGACAGAGCUGGCCGUGCGAGUCGACUUCAGGCCGUUGAAUCUUAA